GUGUAAUCGGUUCACUUCAUAUUAUAUUUCAAUUCCGCACUUUGUCCGUGUCAAAAUUGCUCCCAUUUCAUUCACACUCUCUCUUAUUACAGUCCUCCUCCCUCCGUUUCCUUUCCAAAAGGCUCAAUGUCUGCCGCCCGUGCUGCUCUCUCUCGUGUUGCUCCUGCUAUCGCAAAUGUUCGUGCACGUCCUUCAUUGGCUCUAAAACGUGCUGCUUUCGCUCGUGGAUAUGCGACAGCAAGUGAAAACUCGAUGACAGUCCGUGACGCACUCAAUGUUGCUAUGGAGGAGGAGAUGAUGCGUGACGAGAACGUCUUCAUUCUCGGUGAAGAGGUAGCUCGCUACAAUGGCGCCUACAAAGUCUCCAAAGGUCUUCUUGACAAGUUCGGCGAAAAGCGUGUCAUGGGUUUCGCCGGUGUUGCUGUCGGUGCUGCACUCGCAGGUUUACGACCAAUAUGCGAGUUCAUGACUUUCAACUUCGCCAUGCAAGCCAUCGACCAGAUCGUCAACUCUGCUGGAAAGACUUACUACAUGUCCGGUGGAAAUGUACCCUGUCCUGUUGUCUUCCGUGGUCCCAACGGUGCUGCCUCUGGUGUCGCCGCCCAGCACUCCCAGGACUAUGCAGCCUGGUAUGGCUCAAUCCCCGGUCUCAAGGUUGUCAGCCCUUGGAGCGCAGAGGAUUGUAAGGGUCUUCUCAAGGCCGCUAUUCGGGAUCCUAACCCAGUCGUAUUCCUCGAGAAUGAGAUGAUGUACGGUGUGACCUUCCCCAUGUCUUCAGAAGCCAUGUCAGACAACUUCACUCUUCCUAUCGGCAAGGCGAAGGUCGAGCGUGAAGGAACCGAUGUCACUAUCGUAGCACACAGCAAGAUGGUCACUCACAGUCUAGAGGCUGCUGACAUGUUAGCGAAGGAGGGCGUCAAGGCUGAGGUUAUCAACCUCCGUAGUAUUCGUCCUCUGGAUAUUGACACCAUCAAGGCAUCAGUCAAGAAGACCAACCGUCUCCUUAUCGUCGAGGGUGGUUUCCCCGCCUUUGGUGUUGGUUCCGAAAUCUGCGCACAGAUCAUCGAGAGCGAGGCCUUUGACUACCUUGACGCUCCGGUUGAGCGGGUAACUGGUGCUGAUGUCCCUACGCCUUAUGCCAUCAACCUGGAGGCACUCGCAUUCCCCGACGCACCUCUCAUCGUCAAGGUCGCCAAGCGGGCACUUUACAGGACCAACUAGGCACACUUAUACUUUUAUCGCACGCAUUUGCUCUCAUACUUACACACUCAUGGGCGUUAGUAGUCCUCUGGCCGCAAUAGACAUAUUACCCAUCUAAGUUGGACAU